AUCACACGGCCACCCACGAGAGCACGAGCGGCGCUCAGCCAGCCAUAGCCAUGGCGACUCUGCAAUCCGACUCCCCGUCUCCCCCAUCCCACCCGCAGCCCCUCGACCUUACCGCAGCAGCCUCCCCCCGCGCCCUCUCCUACUCCGCCUCCCCCUUCGAGCGCAAACUCCACCUCCAGCUCCUCCUCGAUGCAAAAGAGAAGCAGCUCCAGCAGGCAGGCACACUCGGCCAGCGCGUCCUCGCUCAGCAGGUCGAGCUCGAGGAGCGCGUCAGGCAGCUCCAGGACUAUGACGCCCUGCUCACAGGCAGCCACGACGACCUGCCCGGCGCUCCGACCGUGGAGGAGGCCAAGGACAAGUACAGGGAGCUCAUCGACACCAUCAAGGGCUGGGACGCCGAAAACGCCUCUCUUUCGGGCGCCUUUGGCGGUACGUCCAACGGCACGCCCUCCGUGCCCAAGCCCUCGGCCGAGUCAUUGCACGAGCAUCACGAACGCCCCGCCAAAACGUCGUCCGCUGCUCAGUCUCGACGCGCCAAGAAUGCUGCCCAUCGCGCAGACGACGUCGAGUUCGCGUUUGAGAUUGGCAGCGGCCUCCUCACCGAGGUCCGGCGGCUCCAGAGUCUCCUCGGCGAGCGCGACAAGGCGAUCCAGGACAUGAAGGAGGAGCGGGACGACCUCGAGAAGACCGUUGAGCAGCUUCGCGCGGCCGUGCGUGCCCAGGAGCAGAGCGCCGACAAGUACAAGGAAGAAAACUGGAACCUCGAAGUAACCCUCCAAGAGCUGCGCGUGCAGCUCUCCGACUCGCAAAGCUCAGCAUCCAAGCUCGAGGCAGAGCACAAGCGCCUCACCAGGGCGCUCACCGCCGCGCAGACGUCCGCCGACACGCACAAGGGCGACCUCGACCGCGCGCGCACGGCGCACGAGGAGCUCAGAGCGAGGCACGAGGCGGACGUUGCGACGGCGCGCAAGAACGCCGCGGGGCUCGUGCGCGAUAAGGGCGAUCUGCAGAGCGCGCUCGAUCAGGUGCGCGCGGAGCUUGCGAGGGCCAAGACGCGCGGGAGCGGUGGCGCGAGGAUGUUUGGCGGCUCGCCGCAGACGCCUGGGCGGGACGAGAUGGAUGAUCCGUUUGGCGGCUCGGCUGUGCCUGGGUCGGGCAUGACGGGGCCGGGCACGGGCACGGGCAGGCGCCGGCAUGGGGAUGUGUGGGGCGCGGAGCCGGAUGCGUUUGAGGAUGUGCUGGACGAGUCGCCGGAGGGCACGCCGUCGAAGCCGGGCCAUGGGCAGCAGAGCGCGGCGAGCAAGGAGAUCGAGGCGCUGCACCGGAAGCUUGCGCAUGCGCAGCGCGAGAUUCAGGCGCUGCGUCGUGCGGCGAAUAAGGAUCUGCGCGAGCGGAGCGGGGUGUCUUCUUCGACAAGGCCGGGGUCGUUGGUUGGGGAUUUGACGGCCAAGUUCGCGGGUGCGAAUGGGCGGGGUAGUAUGGAUAGCUCGAGACGGGGAGGGGAGGAGGAGGAGGAAGAUGAAGACGGGGAUAUUCUUGAUGGAAGGCCGGUGGAGGAGGAUGUGUUGCCCGAGGAAGAGGAGGACGAUCUAAGGUUGCCCACGUCACACCGCGAGCAAGAAAGCAUCUCGACGAGGCGGCCGACGCCGUUCCGCGUUGGUCGUGGCCGGCGCGGACGCGGACGCGGUGGGCGGGGUAUGGGAAUGUACACGCCUUCGCGCACCGGCGGAUCGUCAAGGUCGUCGUUUGAGCGGACAUCGCUCGACAGUCCGGCGCCGCCUUUGCCUCGAUCCCACCAUCAGCAACAGGAAGACGAUGAGGAAGAAGAAGAGGAAGAAAUGGACGACGACGAGCCGACGCAAGACGUGUCGCCGCCGCCCUCGCGCCCGACGUCGAUCGACGGGAUGGAUCCCGCGUUCGCGAACAUUCUGCGCGGUGCCAGCACGUUGAGCGCUGCCGUCGCCGCUGUGCCCACCAGCCCAACGCCUGCAUCUGCAUCUGCGAUGGGCCCGUCAGUGUCGCAGCCGACGUCGCCCAAGCCCUCUCCGCUGCGCCAGACGCUGCUCAACGUCUUUGGGCGGGGCCGCGGCCGCGGGCGGGGCACCGCUGCCCUGGGCGCUGCGAGCAAACGCGCUAGGGGCGGCGCAGGGUUCCAGGAGGCAAGGCCGACGAGCAUGGUCGGUGGGGCGCCGGAGGCGCUUGCGCUUGAGCUGGGGUUGGACGGCGAGGAGGGGAUUGGGGGUAAGCGCGAGGUGGCGGAGGUGGGGUGUCAGACUGAUCCUACGCCUGCGCCUGUCGAGGAGAAGGGAGGGGUGGAGGCUGGGUCGCAGACCGACGAGGUGCAAGUGAAGGACGUGGAGGUGAGGCGGGAGGAAGAAAAGGUGGAGAAGCAGGUGGAGCAUGUCGACGCGGACGCACAGACUUCGCUUCCGGACCCGUCUACGUUCCCUAUUCCCGCUAUGUCAUCGUCGUCGUUGUUCCCGGCGUCGGCGGCACGCUCGCCGGCGCGCUCGCCCCGCCGCAUGCUUGUACCUGCGCCUGUGACGGAGUCGGACGCGGAGGACGAUGAUGACAGCGAGGACGGCGGGGCGUAUACGCGCGACAGGCGCACGACGCUCACGCAGAACACGGCGAAUCUCGUUGCCGCGUACGCUGCUGCCUCGCCUACUGUGUCGGCCGAUAGCACGCUGCGCGGUGUUCCGCCCCAGUUCGCCGCUGCCGUCGCUAAAGUCCCCGGAGCGCUCGAGUCCGAUGUGGAGAUGGACGAGGGCGACGCGACGGAGACGGGCACGGAGCCGGAGACGGAGACGGAUAUGGACGAUUAUCACUCUGUGCUUGCGGGGCGGGAGACGCCGAUGCGCUCGCGCGGUGAUGUGCGGGGUGUGGGUAUGGUUGGGGUGUCGCGGACGAGCUUUGGGGAGUCGAGGGAGGAUUUCCAUUCGAUUAUGACGGUGUCGGAGAAUGAGUAUGAUGGGUAUGAGGAUGACGAGGAGGGGGAUCGGCGGGUGGAGGCGGAGGAGACGAGGAGGCUCGCGGGUGCAGGGAAGGCGGAGGCGUUUGAGAGUGUGGUUAGUCUUUCUGAUAAGGAGGCUGCCAGCUCGGGUCGCAGCCCGAGCCCGAGCCCGGUGGUGGAGUAUGUGGAGAGGGGUGUGGACGCGCCUGUUGUGCCGGAGCCUGAGCCUCGGGUGGUGGAGGUUGUCAGGGAGGUGGAGGUGCCGGUGGAGGUUGAGAGGAUUGUGGAAGUGCCUGUUGAGGUUAUCAGGGAGGUGCCUGUCGAGAAGAUCGUCGAGAAGAUUGUGGAGCGGAUCGUCGAGGUGCCUGUCGAGAAGAUUGUCGAGGUGCCCGUGGAGAAGAUCGUCGAGGUCGAGAAGGAGAAGAUCGUCGAAGUCCCCGUGGAGGUUGUCAAGGAAGUAACCGUCGAGAAGAUCGUCGAGGUGCCUGUCGAGGUCAUCAAAGAGGUCCUGGUUGAGAAGAUUGUCGAGAAGGUCGUCGAGCGGCUCGUCGAGGUGCCCGUAGAGAAGAUUGUGGAGAGGGAGAAGAUCGUCGAGGUGCCUGUGGAGGUCAUCAGGGAGGUGCCCGUCGAGAAGAUCGUCGAGGUCGUCAGGGAAGUCAUCAAGGAGGUCCCUGUCGAGAGGAUGGCCGACGCGCCCGCUCCAGAGGAGAGGAUCGUCGAGGUCGUCAAGGAGGUCAUCAAGGAGGUGAGGGUCGAGGUGCCGAUUGAAAAGAUCGUCGAGAAGAUCGUCGAGGUUAUCAAGGAGGUGAGGGUCGAGGUGCCCGUGGAGGUCGAGAAGAUCGUGGAAGUACCGGUGGAGAAGAUUGUGGAGAAGAUCGUCGAGGUGCCCGUAGAGAAGAUCGUCGAGGUGCAUGUGGAGAAGAUUGUCGAGGUCCCAGUGGAGAAGAUCGUCGAAGUGCCGGUCGAGAAGAUCGUUGAGAAAGUGGUCGAGCGCCUUGUCGAGGUCCCAGUGGAGAAGAUUGUCGAGAAGGUCGUCGAGCGUCUCGUCGAGGUCCCGGUGGAAAAGAUCGUCGAGAAGAUCGUCGAGGUCCCGGUGCCCAUUGCCGCUGCGAAUGACGUUCCUGAGACGAAGGCGGAGAUCAAGCCCGAGUCGAAGGAGAUGUCUAUCCAGACGGACGACUGGAAACCAUCCGCUCCCUCUUCUUCGCCCUUGACUGCGCUUGUGCCUAUUACGCCUGCACCUUCUACACCUGGUUCGCCGAAUAUUGCACCUGCGUUCGUUCGUGUCGGGUCGUCCUCUAGCCAGCAUUUCCAGCUUAUUCCCCCUCCUUCUCCCGCUCCUGUCAAUGGCUCCCUCUUUGCAAGCAGCAACGCUCCUUCUCCGAACGCUACGAUCCGCGACACCACCUUACGUGCCGGCGACCGCGAGUCGAUGGGUACGGCCUCAGAACUGGGUGUCCUCCGUCCACGGACGUCGCUCUCCGACCGCCGGGUCACGAUCGAAAGCGCCAUGGGACUCAGCGACAUUACUAGCUCGCCUUCGCAUCGAUCGCGCACGGUCUCUGCAGUCCCCUCGAUUGUUGACAGGAGCAGGCCCCCAACGAUGGCCGUUCCCCCACCACCCAAGUUACCUCCACCGUCACAGAACGCAAGCGCACACAUGCCACCACCGAACUUUAUCCCCGAGCGACGCUUCCCCUCUUCCGCCGACGAGCGUCCACCAAGACCGUCGUCACCCCCGCCACCGGACCUCAUCCAGCGCGCGACGACGCCCACUUUCGGAAGCAUGCUCUCUGUGCGCAGUGGCCAUGGCCCGCGGCAGCACGGCUCCAGUUUGCCGCCCGGCUCUGGAGCCCUGCGCCAGCUGCCCAGCACGAGCUCGUUCAGGAGCGCCGCCAACACCCAGUCACACAGCGGGCACGGGCACACGCCGUCGUGGAGCAAUGAGCAGCGCUCGCAGCUCAGCCCGCGCUCGUCGAUGUCGUCGGAGCACAACCCGUUCGUGUCGCGCCAGACCUCCGCGGGCAACUUCAGCUCCGCCAACUCGGGGCUGUCGGGCAUGUCCGGCGGUGCGCCUGGGACGCCGAGCAAGUCUGGGUUCGCUGGUGCUGCUGGUGCUGCGUCUGGAAUGCCCGGUGCGAUGGGCGCGAUGGGCAUGGCUGGCGGGCCGGGAAGCUCGACGGAUCCGACGGUCAUUCAUGCGAUCACGCAGACCAUGAUUGGCGAAUUCCUCUACAAGUAUACGAGGCGGACGAUUGGAAAGGGGCACGGCGAGAAGAGGCAUCCGCGGUUCUUCUGGGUGCAUCCGUACACGCGGACGUUGUAUUGGAGCUCGGCAGAUCCAAGCUCAUCGAACGUGUCCGAGUCUAGUGCAAAGUCUGCGUACAUCGAAGGCGUGCGGUCUGUGCUGGAUCCCAACCCGAUGCCGCCUGGUCUGUACCAGUACAGCAUUGUGGUCUCCACACCGCAGCGGGAAAUGAAGUUCACUGCACCGACAAAGGAGAGGCACGACAUCUGGCUCAAUGCUCUCAAGUACCUUCUCGCGCGCCCAAGCUCUGGCAUGAUAGGCGGAGUACCAGGCAGCCCUCGUCCAGACAGCACCGAGGUCACUGAGGAGCACUUCUUCGAGGCCUCGCCAGAUUCCCAGCGUUCCACCCACAGCGAGCGUCCCGGUCGCCCAUGGAGCACGACCCCUCGAGGCGGCGACACGCGCUCGCGCUCGCAGCUCUCGACACGCACCCGCAACUCGAUCGGCAGGCGUGCCGGUACCCCCGCGGCGGAGUACUUCCGGCUGAACGGGGUCGGCGGCACGGCAGAGAGCCCGUACAGCCCGAGCAAGUCGUUUGAGCACGUCGCGCUGGCCACUGCUGCGGAAGGCGAGGACCUCGACUUUGAGCUGCACGGAGACAGCAUGAGCGACGGCGGAUUCGAGGGUCUCGAGAACGUCCGCGCGUGCUGCGACGGGCGGCAUACGGUCGGACACCACCACCAUCACCACCAUGGCAACAACCACACGCCAGGCGCGGACAGCGGACAGGCGGCUCGUGCGCACGAGCAUAUGGACCAUCUCGAUGUGCACGGCGAGCACGCGCGGCCAACGUCGCCGGCGUGGUCGCUGCGCUCGACGGGCAGCAAUUCGGGCGGCGGGUUCUUCAGCAGCACCAAGCUGAAGUUUGGCUCGAAGCGGUCGCUGAAGACGAGCACGACGAGCGCGAACGCGUCCGGUGCGGAUCGGUAGCACGCAAGUGGACGUUUAAUUUUUGAUUAAUCCAUCUGGGGAACUUGCAUACCCAUGACCAUCUCUUUCCUUUUUUUGUUUUUGUUUUUGUUUUUCUUGUUUCCUCUCGCCAUCUCGACUGAUUUGAUCACCGUCGCAUACACUCUCUUUUUGGUAAUGACUAGUCGCCCCUGUUGAUUUCCAGGAUAUAUACCUACUACACAGUAUCCCCCCGUUCCUGUCUCCUGUCCC